AUGUCUAGUUCAAAAAAGAAAGCUUUGUUUAUAUGUCUUGGAAAUAUUUGCCGAUCGCCAAUAGCUGAAGGUGUAUUCCAAAAAACUGUAAAUGAUAUGGGUAUUGGAGAUCAUUGGGAGAUAGACAGUGCAGCGAUAGGAGGAUGGCAUGUAGGCAACCCACCUGAUUGGAGAGCAUUGGACACAAUGAAGAAAUAUGAUGUGCCUUAUAGUAACCAUGCACGACAGAUAACAACAGAGGAUUUCAACCAUUACGACUUUAUAUUUGGAAUGGAUGAAGCUAAUAUGAAAGAUUUAAAGAAAAGAGCACCUAAAGGUUCUAAAGCCAAACUCUUGUUAUUUGGAGAUUAUGAUCCUCAGGGUGACCGAAUCAUCAGAGAUCCUUAUUAUGAUAGUGAUGCAAAAGGUUUUGAAAAGUGCUAUCAACAGUCUGUUAGAUGUUCGCAAGGAUUCCUUGAGCAAUUGGAAAAGGGAAAUGUUAAG